AUGGAUGGGAUGAGCCUUGAAGAAUCCUUGUCCGGUAUCGACUCAAAUUUGUUUAGGCAAUUUCGGGAAAGGACGGCUGAUUUGCAAUAUGCAAAGCUAGAAAAGGAUCAGUAUAUUGCGAGGUGGCUGAAGGCAAGAAGUUGGGAUGUUGAGAAAGCUGAAAAGAUGUUCAGAAUGCAUUUGGAAUGGAGGAGUGAAAUCAAGUUGGAUGAGCUCCUUGCCACAUUCAAGACACCGGAAGUGGUCGAGAAAUACUUUCCUGGUGGUAUAUGCGGACAGGACAAGUUCGGUAGGCCGGCCUUCAUCUGCCCGGCGGGCACAGCGGAUGUAGUCGGGCUGAUGCGCUCGGCAUCGCGAACCCAGCUAGCCCUUUCUCGCUACUUUCUGAUGGAAAAGAUUAUCGAAGAAGUGCUGCCUGCCCAGUCGCAGAAAGUGGGGCGGCCCAUCGACCAGCUAGUCAUAAUCUUUGACUUGCAGCACAUGAAUCGGCGUCAGCUAUGGAGGCCUUGGCUCAAUUUUGUCCUUGAGAUGGCCUCUGUUUUCGAGGUCAACUUCCCCGAACUCAUGGCCGUUUGCUUCGUGCUCAACGUUCCCUCAUUUUUUUCCAUGAUUUUCUCUCUCCUCAAGCCAAUUCUCAGCAAAGAGACUCAAGACAAGAUUCAUGUACUUGGCUCCAACUACCUCGACGAAUUGCUAAAACUUUUUAACCCUGAGGAUCUUCCAGCCCACUACGGUGGAAUGAUGCGCGAUCUCGAUGGCGAUCCAAAAUGCUCCUCGCGAAUCUGCUGGGGAGGUACAAUCCCUGAAUCCUAUUAUCAGAUUCAACAAUCCUUGCCCUCAUCCUCCACGGACGUAGCGGAAGGCGCCUUUCUGCUUGUGCCUGUGAGUCGCGGUAGCAAGGAGUAUUUUUACAUCGGCGAGGCCAAAUUCGGCGACACAAUCUCAUGGGAGUUCUAUACCGAGUCAAACGAUAUAGCUUUUAGUCUGUGGGUAGAGCCUCAGAGCGAUUCUAGUUCGCCUGUGGACGAAGCAGGUCGGCGGCGACUGGGAAAAGCACGCGGACAAAACAGUGUUGGAGGUAGUGGCAUGACCACCUCUUUUUCCUUCAACAACCUUCUUGGAGGACAGGGACCUGGGGGGAAGCUAGAUCUGAAGCAGGUCACACGACCUGUACGCGUGGACUGUGACCUAGUACCUGAGCUGGGUAACCGAAAGGUAGAUGCCGAUGGCAACUAUUAUCUCCUCUUCGACAAUUCCUACAGUUGGACUCGUGCCAAACGUAUAUGGUGCAAAGCCGAGGUACUAGGCUCAAUUCCAUUGGUUAAAGACGGAAACUUGAACAACAAUUCUAUAGGAGAUGAAGAGCUGGAGGAAGGAGAAUUGGAGAAGGCGGUAGAUGUUGAGCUCUCUGAAACUGUGAAGGCGGUAUGCGCACCCGACUAUUCCAGUCUCUCAACACUGGAUGUGGAUGUUUCGGCAUUAGUUAUAAUCCUUCUCAGAACUGUGCCAAUCAUUCGACGUCGAUUUCGUACCUCUCGCGCUACCUCCUCCUCAUCUCAGGGACUCAAAUUUAAACGAGUCAUAAAGACGACUGUUUAG